AUGUCUUCUCGUCCCGACCAGAGUUUUCGAAGCCGAAGGAUGAGCGUGAUCGUCGGAGUGUCAUUGGUCGUCGGUGGUCAGGAUGGCGAUUGGCGGAGUGUGGGGCUCGAUCUCGCCGGCGAGGAGAGUGGCAGUGCUGCUGAAACAGAAGGCAUCGUAGAAAAGGCCUUCGUAGACGCCGACACCGGUGGGACUGUCAAGGGGGAAAGUGGUAAGGCUGUCGAACUAGAGUGA